AUGCCACCCCUCAACCCCACUGACCUCCUCCCCCUCCCCCAAGGCCCCCGCCUGAUCCUCUACCACCAAACCCACCACCACCCCAACCAUGACCAACCAGUCUCCUUACUUCCUUUCAUAACCAACCCCACCGGCGUAACCCACCUCAUCCUCGCAGCCGUCCAUCUCAACUCCACCCCCGGCGACCUCACCCUCAACGACAACCCCCCAUCUCAUCCCAAAUUCGCCACCCUCUGGUCCGAAGUCGCCUGGCUCCGCGCAACAGGAAUAAAAUGCCUCGCCAUGCUCGGCGGAGCCGCCAAAGGUACCUUCACCCGUCUGGCCACGGAGGAUGAGGGGGCGUUUAGAACGUACUACGAGCCUCUACGGGACUUCCUGCGGACUUAUGACUUCGACGGCAUGGACUUGGAUGUCGAAGAGGAAGUCUCGUUGUCCAGUAUGAUCCGACUCAUCGACACGCUACGAGCGGAUUUUGGACCGGAGUUCUUGAUCACCAUGGCGCCGGUGGCGACUGCGCUGUUGGUUGGUCAACCGCACUUGUCGGGGUUCAAUUACUUUGAGUUGGAGCGCCAGAGGGGAAGGGAGAUUGCGUGGUAUAAUGUGCAGUUCUACAAUGGAUGGGGGAGUGCGGGGACGACUAUGUGGUACGAUGCUAUUGUCGCUGCUGGGUGGGCGAGCAGGAGGGUGGUGCUGGGUCUGCUUACGAGCCCGAAGUUGGGCAGUGGGUUUGUGCGAUGGGAGGGGCUGGGAGGGGUGUUGAGGACGCUAAGGAGUAGUGAGCCUGCUGGGGAGGAGAGGCCUUGGGAGUGGGCGGAGCGGGUUGCUGGGGUGGUGAGGAGGGCGGUGCCGUUGGAGGCUCCUGUUCAGCAACAAGGAGAGCCGGCGCAACAGGGCCCGAUGAGGCCGUUCGGAGCCUCUUUGCCUACGCCUGCUCAUCCCUACCCGGCUGAGAGCGUGAAGAGCUUACAAGAUCUAGGCUUCAACCAGCAGCAAGCGGUUGCAGCGCUCAAUGCUACAGACGGCAACAUCGAGCAAGCAGCCGGACUCUUGUUCGCAGACUGA